GUGUCGGCGGUGCUGGGCGCUCCCCGGGCUGCCCUGUCCAUAUCUGCGCUUCGGCGCCGCACUUCUCUUUUAGUUCUCGUAAGUUUUUAGAGCAAAAAAACGUACUUACUUUUACAUUUUUAAUUUUUUUUUUGUUUGUUUUUCUUUUCGCGCCGAAAGUUUCGUGCCCGCGGCAGGAGGCGAGAUGUGGAGGAAGGCGUUCCUGGCCGCCGUGUGCCUCUGCCUGCGCUGCGUGCCCGCUCUCGGCGCAGAAGGCAAAAACAAUUUUGAGGGAAUCGAGAGCAAGUUUUCCUUACGGACGCCUGCAGAGCCUGAUGAGGAUGUCUGCUACCUGGUUCCUGGGCAGGUGAACAGCCUGGCACAGUGCAACUUUAAUCAUACCAGUAAAACCUUUGUGGUGAUCCACGGGUGGACGGUGACAGGGAUGUAUGAAAGUUGGGUCCCGAAGCUGGUGGAUGCUCUGUACAAGAGGGAGCCUGACUCAAACGUCAUUGUGGUGGACUGGCUAGUUCGAGCUCAGCAGCACUACCCGGUGUCGGCUGCGUACACCAGGCUGGUGGGAAAGGAUGUUGCUACGUUUAUUGACUGGAUGGAGGAGCAAUUCAAUUAUCCUCUCAACAAUCUCCACUUGCUGGGGUACAGUCUAGGUGCCCAUGCUGCUGGGAUUGCUGGGAAUCUGACCAAAAAGAAGGUGAACAGAAUUACUGGGCUGGAUCCUGCUGGUCCUACCUUUGAGUAUGCUGAUGAACUCACUCGCCUCUCCCCGGAUGAUGCUGAAUUUGUGGAUGUCCUACACACCUACACCCGAGGCUCUCCAGACCGCAGCAUUGGGAUCCAGAAGCCAGUUGGACACAUUGAUAUUUAUCCCAAUGGUGGAGGAUUCCAGCCCGGUUGCAAUUUGGGAGAAGCACUGCGUCUGAUUGCUGAGAAAGGGCUUGGAGAUGUGGAUCAGCUGGUGAAAUGCUCCCAUGAACGAUCCAUCCACCUCUUCAUUGACUCUCUCCUCAAUGAAGAAAAGCCAAGCAUGGCUUAUCGCUGCAACACAAAGGAGGCCUUUGAGAAGGGCCUCUGUCUGAGCUGCCGCAAGAACCGCUGCAACAAUUUGGGCUACAAGGUCAACAGAGUGAGAACAAAGAGAAACACUAAAAUGUAUCUGAAAACCCGUGCUCAGAUGCCCUAUAAAGUCUUUCAUUACCAGGUCAAGAUCCAUUUCUUUGGAAAGACUAACAUGACCAAGACAAACCAGCCAUUCCUGAUCUCUCUCUAUGGCACUCUGGACAAGAGUGAGAACAUUGGUUUCACACUACCUGAAGUUUCCUCAAACAAGACCUUCUCCUUCCUCAUUUACACAGAAGUGGAUAUUGGAGACCUGUUUAUGGUGAAGCUGCAGUGGGAAAAAGACACCUUCUUCAGCUGGUCAGACUGGUGGACUCCUUUUACAUUUGACAUCCAGAGAAUCAGAAUGAAGUCAGGGGAAACUCAGAAAAAAGUGGUGUUCUGUUCUCGAGAUGGCACCUCGCGUCUCGGUAAGGGAGAAGAGGCAGCAGUAUUUGUGAAAUGCUCGGAGCAGCCCAUCAACAGGAAGAGAGGCGGUACCAAGAGAGCCUCAAAAGAAAAUUCUGCUCAUGAAUCUGCUUAAACGACAAGAACAAAGAUUUUUCACACUGGGGAGAAGAGUCUGUUCAUCCCUGUCGACUGGAUGUUCAGAACCAAAUAUAUAGAAAUAUUUAUCCGCUGCUGGAUUUUUGCCUGCUAUUCCUAGCUAUUUUAGAGACUUCUUGUAAAAAAGUCUCAGCAUAUGAAGAUACUAACCAUAAAGAUACAUUAUCCAAAUAGUUAAAAACAAAAGAAACUUGCAAAACUACUUGCCAAAGUUUGGAGUGCUGAAAAGAUAUAGGUAAUUUUGCUUAAUCGUGGUGCCUUUUGACAAGGUUUCUUGACAUCAGAUCCUAUAUAGCAAUUUUUUAAUAUUUAUUGAAAAGAAACAAAGCCCUGUACUUGGUUUUAUUUUAUCUUGCAGUUUCUAUUUUGUUUUAUUUUGGGUUUUUUUUCAUUAGCGGAUUUUUUUUUUGUUCUUUUCAUGAGUCAUUUGAAACUAUUUUUUUGUGUCUUGACAAACUGAAUUUUCAGGCAGUUCAGUGGAGAGAGUUCAUUGUUUUUCAAGUGUGUGUUUAGCAAAUAAGUAGGUUUCCCAUGUGAAAAAAAAACACCUUUGCUGUGUGUAAUACUAGAAGGUGUCAGGGACUGACUUAAUAUGGGGAUGAAUUUUUUAGUUUGUGGUUAUGAAUGUAUUUAAUUGGGGGUAGAUGCCAGUGCUGCUUAGCAAUAGGUAUGAUCUGUUAAGCUAUAUACUUCUGUGCCGCUUACCCUGGAAUAAGUAACAGCUCUAGGAGAAGGCAGCAAUGCCAGUGUCUUAUGCAGACAUUUAAUAUUUUAUCUAUGCUUUCAGUUAUUGCAAAUGAAACUGUCUAGCCUGCAAUGCUGUGAAAAUGGAGCUGCAGAGGAAUUGAGCUAUGAGAAAAUGCAGGAAACAGAUAUUUUCCCCCACCCUCCACCCUCUCCCUGCUUGCUUGCGUCAUGUAUCCCAAAACUGUCACAGUUUCUCUGCUCUCUGACACCAAGUGUCAGUCAUGCAGCUGCAUGGCUCCUGUAUGCAGUUUUCAGUGCAAGUGAAUCCACUUGAUAGCUGACAAGGAUGCUCAUACUUCUCUGUACUGGGAUUGUGACUGCCAGAUCCACCUCAGUUUGUUUCUUGGCUGUGGUACAGUGUUAGGAGCUGCUUAGUUUUCUGCCAUGAGAUGGAAUUCAGCAGGAAGCAGGAGCUGAGCCAAUUAAAAGCAGCCUGGUUGUGUGCUCCACAAGAAGGAGUGCUCUGAAAAACAUUUAAAUUAGCCGUGCUGCAAUUAA